AUGGCUCGCAUCAAGCACCCUGCCACCUCGGGAUAUCUCUGCAGUCCCAGACCUCACAAACCUACAACACCCACUCCUCCAGCUCAGCCACCACGAACAUGGCCUUACAACGACUCUCGCCUCGCCUCCUACCACCCCGACCUUAUUCAGGAAGGUGAUCAUCGCCUAAGUGCUCUGAAUGGCACCUGCAACGGUGAAUACUUCAAUCAUGUCCAGAAAGCGAGAGAGUACGCCGAGCGGCAAGCCACUAGGACUAAGAAAGGCACACAACCUAGUCCUGUCUGUCAGUCUGGAUUACGAUUCCAUUGUUUUGGCCGACAUAUCCCCAAUGAGGAGAUCGAGAAGUGGACUGCAGCGUUGGCUGCGGCAGCGAAGAAGGGAUGGAAGCAGCGAAUGGUCGCCAGGGUGGAUUCUGGUGUUGUCCUUGACGAGGUGAAGUCUGAAACGGUUUCUCCUCGUUCGCCACCAUCAAGGGAUGCAGUACCGGCCAAGUCAGCAAUGAAGAAACGCAAGUUCAACCCUAGUGAAGUCGUGGCAGAAACCUACCAACAAGCCAAACGUGUCCGUAUCGAUGGGGAUGACAACGACCAAACGACUCGGCCAUCGUCCUCGAACACGAUCGCGCAACUUUCGACCACCUCAACACCUGAGCAUCGCACGGACACCAAGCUCCGUUUCAACUUCAAAAGAAAGGAGUUUCUUGAUAUCACUCGCCCGCCUCCUACCGGCCCAGAAGUCGAGACGAUGUCUUCCGACAGCGAAGCGACUAUCUCAGACCCUGAAACGUCCUCUGCGACAGUCACGGCGGACAAUGCAUCAGAGAGUGCCGUCGAUUCCUCACCAUGCGGCACUUGCAAGCAUAAGAUCGGGGCCUCCGGUUGUCUGUGCGAGGGUUCCCAACGUCCAGGUCCCCUCCUCCUCGCUGCGCCAGUGCACGGAUCAGCUGGUAUCGAUUUGGCUCCUCUGCAAGCGUCUCAGCCGGGCCCGGCGCAGAAUGUAGCGUCUUGGGACGUCCUAGUGGAGGUUGCGAGGGGAGAGUAUCACGCGAUGAGGCUUGAGCAACAGCAGUGGCUAGGGCGAGAUGAGGCGGCCACGACGCUUGUGGCGUUGAGGGAGGGAAUAGAUUCAAGGGAAAGGGACGAGCUGUCGACUAAGAAGCGUCUCUGA